AUGACGGUGCUGCCGGUCAUAGUCGUGGUUGCAUGGUGCUCGGUGCCGCUGGCUACAGAUACGGUGGAGAAGCCAGGUGGGGGUGAGGAGGAGAAGCUCAACUUUUGGUUCUUCCUCUUCUUUUACUUUGGCAUCUACAAUGCAGUGGCACUGGCGCUGGUCACGCAGAUUUUCCAUGUGUACUCGCUGACGUGGUGGCCACGGUCCAUGUCGGGGCUGCUGGCCAACGUCAUAUCAUGGGUGUUUUCGACUGCGCUGGGUGCCGUCGUGUAUAUGGCCGAUACGGGCAUUGAGACGGUGCCCAUGUUCUGGACGGCGCUGACACUGCUGACGCUGCUGCUGCCGAUAUUCAUCUCGUUUGUGAUCAUUCAAAAGCACCACCGGCGGUCGACGCGCCGACACUCGAAUGCCGAAGACCGCCCGCUGAUGGCAACAUCAGCUGAGUGGCGCACCCCCACAUCGUACCGCCGGUUCCUGUGGUUCUGCUCGUCGUUCCUGCUGUGGUAUGCGGCGCUGGCUGCUGGCGAGUAUCUGGCGUACGUGUACAUCAAGACGCUGCCGCACACGACUGCCGACGGCUUCUACUAUGUAUACUCUUGGAUCGUCACCGUCAAUAUCCUGUCACUGGCAGCCAGCUGGGUGGUGGGUGCCAAGGUCCGGUCCUGGCCGCUGACAUACAUUUACACGCUGUACUUCUUCAUGACGUACUUUAUCUUCUACCGCAACCUGUUUGCACGGCUGCAGGACCCCAAGCAGGUGCUGUACCUGCAGCUUGGCCUGUCGAUGUGGAUCGUGUUUAUCUACCCGGUGCGCAUGGCAAAGUGGGUCUACCGGAUCCAGGCGUUCGUGUGCCGCUGGGGCGACGACUAUCCAUACGAGGUGUAUGCCAAGCAGCUGGCACGCACAUUCUUCUUGCGCAACAAGGCCGAGAACGCGACCAUGCUCGGGUUCCUGUGCUGGGUCACCGUGCUGCACUUUGGCCCAAAUAGCCCGCACUACCCGUUCUUCCAGUUCAAGCCCGAGGACGACGAGUUCAACUACAAGUAUGACCUGACUAUCAAGGCGUCAGCCUACGUGUGGCUGAGCGAGAUCAUUGCCAGCCGCGUUGUGCGCUUCCAGCUGCGCUGGCUGUACAAGCAGAACAUGAGCAACGAGGCCGUCGACGAUUUCCGCCGCUACCCGCAUGUGGUUCCCGUCAUGGUGCUGGUGACUAUCCAUGUUCUGCAGAACGUGGUGUUUGGAUUGAUUCACUUAGAUUUCAGCUAG